AUGUCGCACCCAGCAUUAAUGGCAGCGCUACACAUAACACUCACAUACAUUUAUUGUUUUCACUACAACAGGAAGUGCAAAUUUUUGAUUAAAGUUGAGAUGGCGUCGUCUGAGGUAUCCGUUAGUCGAAAGAUUAUAGAAGACUUAUCGAAUGUUGAAUUUGAUACUAGUGAAGAUGUUGAAGUUAUACCAACAUUCGAUUCCAUGGGACUCCGUGAUGAAUUGCUUCGAGGGAUCUAUACUUACGGGUUUGAAAAACCAUCUGCUAUACAGCAAAGAAGCAUACUACCAAUAGUUAAAGGGAGAGACGUAAUUGCACAAGCACAGUCUGGUACAGGAAAGACAGCUACAUUUUCCAUCUCUAUCCUGCAAUCACUGGACACAACUUUACGAGAAACCCAAGUAUUAGUACUGUCUCCAACCAGAGAAUUGGCAACACAGAUUCAGAAAGUUAUACUUGCAUUGGGUGAUUUUAUGAAUGUACAGUGCCAUGCUUGUAUUGGUGGCACCAACUUAGGUGAAGAUAUAAGAAAGUUGGAUUAUGGACAACAUGUAGUCUCAGGAACACCAGGAAGAGUAUUUGACAUGAUCAGAAGACGUGUGUUGCGCACUAGAUCAAUAAAAAUGCUUGUACUUGAUGAAGCUGAUGAGAUGUUGAACAAAGGAUUCAAAGAGCAAAUUUAUGAUGUCUAUCGUUACUUACCCCCAGCAACACAAGUAGUUCUCAUAUCCGCUACACUGCCUCAUGAGAUAUUGGAAAUGACUUCAAAAUUCAUGACUGAUCCUAUUAGGAUUCUUGUAAAACGUGAUGAGUUGACUCUAGAGGGAAUAAAGCAGUUCUUUGUGGCAGUUGAGCGUGAGGAGUGGAAGUUUGAUACUCUUUGUGAUCUAUAUGAUACAUUGACCAUUACUCAAGCUGUUAUAUUCUGUAACACUAAAAGGAAGGUCGACUGGCUAACGCAGAAAAUGCAAGAGGCCAACUUUACAGUAAGCUCAAUGCACGGAGAUAUGCCACAGAAGGAAAGAGACAACAUUAUGAAAGAGUUUCGAUCUGGACAAAGUCGUGUCUUGAUUACAACUGAUGUUUGGGCUAGAGGCAUUGAUGUACAACAAGUCUCUCUAGUUAUUAAUUAUGAUCUGCCCAACAACCGUGAGUUAUACAUACACCGAAUAGGCAGAUCAGGUCGUUUUGGACGCAAAGGUGUUGCUAUCAAUUUCGUUAAAUCUGAUGACAUUAGGAUCUUGAGGGAUAUUGAACAAUAUUACUCAACUCAGAUUGACGAGAUGCCUAUGAAUGUUGCUGAUCUAUUUUAG